AUGAAUGAAGCUAUCGCUGUAAAAGGAACACGUUCCUUUCACUAUUUCGUACCAAUCAACUCUUUUCAAAUCAAAGCAUCUCAACUCUCAGGACCUGAUUCUGACUUUAAAGUAUUUGAUGUUCUUCCUGUUCCGAAUGCUGAAUUUGAUUUUGAUUCUUGUCAAGUGGACGAUUUUGUGGCAUGUAUUUAUGAAUUUGAUGGUUGCUGGUAUGUUUCGCGAAUUACCAAUAUUGAUGUAGUUAGCAAAGAAUUUGAAGUUGAAUUUUUUUCGCCUAACGGUCACACUGGUUUCGUUAAAGGCUACAAAACGACCAAAGAUUCAUCAUGGAUAAGAAACGAAAAUAUGUUGCUCAAAGUCAUUUCCCUUAAAAAGACCACUGUUCGUGGUAGACUGUUUAAACUUGAUAAAAAUGAAUAUGAUAUUAUUGAAAAUAAAUUUUCAAGCCGUAUGGCUGAUGGAUGA